AUGGCCAUCAAUGCUUUAUUCCGGCGUUCUUUAAUUAAUGGCACUUUGUAUUCUGCUGCGGCACUACGUUUUGCUUCUACUCAACCCGAAAAGAAAGUGUUCUUCGAUGUAUCCGCUGACGGAGAACCUCUUGGACGUAUUGUUAUGAAACUGAAUUCAGACUUGGUGCCUAAGACAGCUGAAAACUUUCGGGCAUUAUGCACAGGAGAAAAAGGAUUUGGGUAUAAAGGCUCAUCUUUUCAUAGAAUCAUACCAAAUUUCAUGUGCCAAGGUGGUGAUUUUACUAACCACAAUGGGACCGGUGGUAAAUCCAUUUAUGGGCGUACUUUCCAGGACGAAAAUUUCAAAUUGAAGCAUACUGGCCCUGGAAUUUUGUCAAUGGCAAAUGCUGGUCCGAAUACUAAUGGUUCUCAGUUUUUCAUCACGACUGUAGCAACACCUUGGCUAGAUAAAAAACAUGUGGUUUUUGGAGAAGUUGUUGAAGGUAUGGAUGUUGUGAAAAAAAUGGAAAGUUUGGGUUCCCGUAAUGGAAAUCCGUCUAAGACAGUUGUAAUAUCUGAAUGUGGCCACGAGUACUACUACACCACCACUUCUCAACCAGCAACGCCCGCAUUCUCAGCCCCGCCCAUCACGACCAACACCAGCGCAGUUACAGCCCACGUUUACAUCUUAGCGCUCCGCCUGUGCCACUGCUGA